GUUCUAUCUGUUCGAUAAAUAUCCAAAUAGAAGUGAAAAGUGACCGUGCGAACACUUAUUAAGCGAUAAAAACAGAUGAAAGUCAAAGAACUUCUAUCUUUUGAUAGAAGAAUUUGAGAUAAAAAUCUCAGUUUCGUCAAAACAGCUAAAAUUUCAGGUUUUUGCCAUACUUAAAUAUAAGUCUCCCCCUUGGAUAAACGACACUACUGGCUCGAUUGCUGCACUUUGGCCGAUUACGGCGUUCACAGUUGCAACCGUAUUGAACUAUUUAGUGUACUUUUCCAGUAAACGUCUAUAUAUGCUAGAGAUUGGAGAGUGUGUAUGGGUCUCACGACAACCAGUCAAAGUUAAAACAAGACAUAAAAAAAUGUGUAUGUUACAGAUAUCUUUUCAGUCUUUCGACUUUUUGUUUGUUUUCGAUGUUUUCCGCCAACUCCUCUUUGGAAAUAAAAAUGUUUGUUUGAAGGCUUGUUUGUGUAUUUACAUAGAUUGCUGAAAUGAUACGUCCUACAGUUGAUAAUCAUGAUAAAUCAAUUCCAGCUAUUCUGGAAAUUCCAAGUAAAGAACAUCCGUAUGAUCCAUCGAAAGACUCAAUAUUAAGACGAGCAAAAGUUACAGAAAUCAUGUCUGAAAAUAAUUCAUUUACUUCUCAAUCGUCGUCUCCUUACACUGCUACGUAUGUGAACUGGUCCUUAUUGAUAUUUUCUACAUUUAUAAUUUGUAUUCGUUAUUUCUUACCGUCAUUUUGUAUGCUAUUAAUAACUGUUAUCGAUAAGAAUAAGAAAAGAUUGUCGAAUACGACCACCGGUGGUGAUAAUUAUCAUUCAUUAACACAAGAAUUAACUCGAAUAACUCAAGAUCUAAAACAAUUAUCACAAGUGGAUCAAUUUGCAUUGUAUUCGAAAAAAGAACGUCAGCGUAAUGCUGUAUUAGAACGUUUAAAAAGUUUGAAAAAAGAGCAACAAACAUACGAAAAACAUUUUCAAACAAAACUUCGUAUGGGCGUUAGAGUUGUAACAGUUUUGAUGUCAGCUAUUCUUUUGUAUAAUUUUCGUCGUGAACCAUUGUGGCUGUUUCCAUCAAAUAUAUUUGGAACCAUAUUUAAUCGUCUCGUGACAUUUCCAUCAUCGGUAGAUGGUGGUAUAGGACUCAUAUUUUGGAUGUUGGCGUUUAAUACAUUUUUGGUGUCAGUUAACGAUCUUUUUAAAAGAUAUAGACAAUUUCUUGUGUAA